AUGCUUGCUAUUUUGUCUUUAACAGAAAUUCCCCGAAUUGCUGUUGAGGAUACAGAUCCUAGUGCCCCUCCAGAAAAGAUUGAAAAAUAUCCUAUUCAAGCUACGGAUCACAGUGUUUCCAUCAAAGGUGCUUCAGAUCUCCCAGUACAGGAUACAACAACUGUUAACCUGGAGCAUUUAGUUGCUACGCCUUGGACAAGACGGCCUGAAGAGAAUGAGAGUCUGCACAUCGGAGACUGUUUAUCAGAAGAAGAUAUGAAAGACAGUAAAUCAUGCAAAUAUUGUUUAGAAACAUGCAGAAACUCAUUGUUAACUUCAACAUGCAUCACUCCUCCUUGCAUUGGUGACAUGAUGAAUGAUGAAGAUUUGUUGUACACACUGAGGUUAAAGCUGGAUCCACAGCACCCAACCAUCAAAAACUGGAGGAACUUUGCCAGCAAAUGGGGCAUGACCUAUGAUGAACUGUGUUUCUUGGAGCAGAAACAACAAAGUCCAACUUUAGAGUUCUUGCUGAAGAAUAGCGACCGAACUGUAGCACAGUUGAUAGAACUCUGCAGGUUUUAUAAGAGGGUGGAUGUAUUGAAAGUGCUGGAGGCAUGGGUAGAGAGAGAGUGGCCUAAACAGUGGCAUACAAAAUAAAACAAAGGUAAAAGUGUUUCUGCCAAUUUGUGUCAAUUAUAUAUAGACAGAUCUCUGAUGUUUUGGUGCUUUUUAAUGCUCAGUGCUAAAACUUUUACAAAGUGAUAAUUAGAAUUGAGGAGCAUUAGGAAGGGUGAUAGAAUUGUGUGCACUUCAGUGUCUGUCUAUAUGUCUGCAGCUCUGACUGUUCCUUUACCCUUUAAAAAUGUCAUUCAUUUUACAUUGGAAAUGUCAGGGCAAUCUAGACAGGCUGAAUUUCUGGUAAGGCUGAAUGUGCUUGUUUAGGUCCGAGAAACUUUGAAAAUAUUUUAAAAUCAUAAUGGAUUAAAUGCUACUUUUCUGCAUAAAAUGCUGUUUUGCUGCUUGUUUUAAGCUACAACUUGAAAUACUGAGAGUACACAUUUGCUGUCAUUUUUCAGUUAACACAUAAAGCUUUGGAAGCACAUCAACACAGUAACUUAAAGUAACUUAAAGCCCAUCAGAGGAAUUCUUGAUAAUUUGGAAAUCUAACAUUUGAAUCCAAUGAAAGCAGGAUGGUACUGAACAUUCUGUGUACUUGUUGCAAAAAUUAUGGCAGAAAUAUAUAAUGUGAAUGACCUUUCCAAACUGCCCAUUUUCAGUU